GACAGUCGAUGUCACUGCUUGUUGUUAUAUCAAAAAUGUUUAUCUGAAAGUUUGUAUAUCCAAUGUACUCUCUUUAGCUUAUCCUACUUUAUAUUAAUAGUUGAUUUAAUCAAAACUUUACAUUAUCAGUUGUUUUGUUUAAAACAUUAAAAACAUUCCUCUUAUCUACACAAGUGUGUUAGCGUUCUCCAAUACGGUCGCAACACAUUGAAUAUUAACUUUUAACCAAAAUGUCAGGCUUUAAAAAGGAAAAAAUCGGAAUCAUUGGAAGUGGUUUAAUUGGACGCUCAUGGUCAAUGCUGUUUGCAUCAGUAGGUUAUCAAGUAAUGCUGUAUGAUAUUUUGCCAGAACAAAUUCAAGCAGCUUUACGUGAGACUGAAAAAGAACUAGCUUCUCUGGAGUCGAGGGGUAUACUCCGUGGAAAAUUGACCAGUCAGCAACAAUUCAAGUGCAUUUCGGCUACAAAUGAUCUCAAAGAAUUAGCCAAGGAUGCUAUAUUCAUUCAGGAAUGUAUACCUGAAAGGUUGGAAAUGAAGCAAAGCCUGUAUUUGGAUCUUGAUAAAGUUGUUGAAGCAAAAACAAUUAUGUCAAGCUCAACAAGUACUUUCUUGCCGUCGUUAUUUAGCAAAGAUUUAAAGCACAGAGAGAACAUUGUCGUUUCUCACCCCAUUAAUCCCCCAUACUAUGUACCACUAGUUGAAAUCGUACCUGCCCCAUGGACCAAACCUGACGUUGUCAUAAAGACUCGCGCUCUUUUAGAAGAAAUUGGUCAGAAGCCAGUUACACUUAGUCGUGAAAUCGAAGGCUUUGCCUUGAAUCGUAUACAAUACGCUAUUUUGAACGAAACAUACCGUUUGGUCGAAGCUGGAAUUCUAAAUGUAAAAGAUAUCGAAAGUGUAAUGUCUGAUGGUCUGGGCAUGCGUUAUGCUUUUUUGGGUCCCCUAGAAACAGCACAUUUAAAUGCUGAAGGAAUGUCCAAUUACUUGGAACGUUAUUCACCGACAAUUUACGCCGUGUCACAAACAAUGGGUCCAACACCAAAAAUGGGAGGUGCUACUGGUGCUGAAAUUGCUAAACAAUUAGAAGCCAUGGUGCCAUUAGAUAAGUUGGCCGAAAGACGCGCAUAUCGCGAUAGUUGUUUGACCAAGUUAAGCAUUCUGAAAAAUGAUAUCAAAAAAGGAUUUUAAAUAUUCCAAUUUUUUUUUUUUUUUUAAAUUUGCAUUUUAUUUACAAAAAAAAAGAAAGAAAAAACUCAAGACUUGUAUAAAACAAACAAUAAAUUGAAUAUCAAUAAUA